AUGUGCGGCAGGCCCGGCGAGGCCGCGGGUCGCCGCGCCGCGGUGCCAGCAGUUUGGGCCUCUUUCAAGGAGGGGAGCGAGGGGCCAGCGACCGCCCACCCGACUCGGUGUUGGCCUUCGGUGGCGGCGGCGUGGCUUCGUUUGGGCGCCGCAGCGUGCAGGAGGCCCGGGGCAAAUGCAGUUGAUUUCCCGCCCAACGGCUGCACGCGCCGAAGUGCGGCGACAAUCCUCGCGCCGUGGGUUUGCCGGUGGCGGCUUCUCCGGCUUUGCGGGGGAGUGGAGUUAAAUCCGGGUCCCCUUUUUGCCGGCCGACCGGUGGAAUGCCGGCGGUUUCUCGAGCAUGGGGGAAGCAAAUCCCUCCGAAGAAGCGGCCGAAGAUGUGGCAAGCCGCGGGCGCGCCGCGCACAAGAAGAGCCCCGGCGCCUCCGGCGACGUCCAGGCCGCCGUCGCGGGAAGGAGUCGGCCAGGCCCCCCCCCUACCCCAGACGCACGAGUCCCCGCCGCCAGCAGCAACGGCGGAGGCGCCACGACAGCCCCGCGGCGGCCCGGGGAGCCCGGCCAACGCGUUACAGCGCGCGCGUGGGCGGGGCGCCUCCUUGCUGGCUGCGACGCCGGAGCCCCGGCGCGCUAUAG